AAGACGUGUGCUCCAACAACGGGGUUCCAGAAGGUAACUUGGAGUUGGAAGAGCAAAGGACACCUCCACGCUGUGGAUUUGGAGUUCUCUGUCCAUGGGUGCAGCAUCCAUGCUCCGCUUGUGAGUUCUGUCCCGGGAGAGCAGCCAUGGCAUUGAAGAACGUGCCCUUUCGCUCAGAUGUCCUGGCCUGGGACCCCGACAGCCUUGCAGACUAUUUCAGGAAGCUGAACUACAGGGACUGUGAGAAGGCAGUGAAAAAGCAUCACAUUGAUGGGCAGCGGUUUUUGAACCUGACAGAAAAUGACAUCCAGAAGUUCCCUAAGCUCCGGGUGCCGAUUCUCAGUAAGUUGAGUCAAGAAAUCAACAAGAAUGAAGAGAGAAGGAGCAUCUUCACACGCAAACCCCAAGUCCAGCGGUUUCCUGAAGAGACAGAAAGCCAUGAAGAGGACAAUGGGGGCUGGUCAUCCUUUGAUGAAGAUGACUAUGAGAGCCCUACCGACGAUCAGAACGAGGAUGACAAUGACGACUAUGAGUCCCCCAACGAGGAGGAAGAGGCGCCCGUGGAAGAUGAUGCGGAUUAUGAGCCGCCGCCCUCCAAUGAUGAGGAGGCCCUGCAGAACUCUAUCCUGCCUGCCAAACCUUUCCCCAACUCCAACUCCACGUACAUCGACCGGCCCCCCUCCAGCAAAGUCCCUCAGCAGCCGCCCGUGCCCCCCCAGAGACCGACAGCCGGGUUUCCUCCUCCGUCGGCAGGCCGGAGUCACGCGCCACUCCCCCCACCCCAACCAAACCACGAAGAGCCUAGCAGAAGUAGAAACCAUAAAACAGCAAAGCUCCCUGCUCCUUCCAUAGACAGAAGCACGAAACCUCCCCUCGAUCGUUCAUUAGCCCCAUUUGACAGAGAGCCCUUCACACUAGGAAAGAAGCCCCCGUUUCCUGACAAGCCCUCGGCCCCCGCGGGAAGGCCUCUCGGGGAGCAUUUACCCAAGAUGCAAAAGCCUCCUUUACCUCCAGCCACUGAAAGACAUGACAGGGGUAGCCCCCUGCCCGGGAAGAAGCCACCUGUGCCCAGGCACGGAUGGGGACCAGACAGAAGAGAGAAUGAUGAAGAUGAUGUGCAUCAAAGACCUUUGCCUCAACCCACAAUGCCCUCCAUGAGCUCCAAUACUUUCCCUUCCAGAUCCACCAAGCCAUUGCCCAAGCACCCCCUCCCGUCACCUCACAUGCUUGGAGCAUUCUCUGAAAGUAACAGUGGUUUCCCACAGAGUGCCUCCCUGCCUCCAUACUUCCCUCAAGGCCUUAGCAACAGACCACCUCCUAGAGCUGAAGGAAGAAACUUCUCCUUGCCAGUUCCGAACAAACCUCGAUCACUGUCUCCUGGGGAAGAAGAGAAUUCAUUAAAUGAAGAAUGGUAUGUUUCUUACAUUACCCGACCAGAGGCAGAAGCUGCUCUUAGGAAGAUAAACCAGGAUGGCACUUUCCUGGUUAGAGACAGCUCUAAAAAAACAAUAGCAAAUCCAUAUGUCCUCAUGGUGUUGUACAAAGAUAAAGUUUACAACAUCCAGAUCCGUUAUCAAGAGGAAAGCCAAGUUUACUUGUUGGGAACUGGACUCCGAGGGAAAGAGGACUUCUUGUCUGUGUCAGAUAUUAUUGACUAUUUCAGGAAAAUGCCACUUCUGCUCAUUGAUGGGAAGAACCGAGGCUCCAGAUAUCAGUGCACGUUAACGCAUUCUGCAGGUUAUCCCUAGCAAGUUAGCCAAACAAAUGAACCUUCCUCCUGCCUCUGUUGCCAGCCUGGGAAGAUCAGUCAACCGUGGUGAAUGGACAAACACUUAGAACUGAAUCAAACUCCUCAACAUGAGCACAAGGUUUUGACCUUUCGCAUAAAAAAGUGUUUGAAAUGAAGACUGUCAAGUAUCUCAUAAUUUAUUUAUUCUUCUUCAAUGUUUGUAAAGUGCAUGAGUUAAUACUGUUCACACUUGAAGUCUAGUAGUGCGCUGUAAUAAUUCAUUUAAAAAAAUGUGUACUUUGGAAUACCCAUUUCAAAGUACAGUAGUUUAUAUAGUUACAGAAAUAAUUUGAGGCAAAUUUAAAAACACUGAAACAGUAGUAGUUUUUGAUAUCACAUAAAACUGAUUUUUUUAAUAGCCAAACCUUUGUUAGUCAGAGGCAAUCCUCAGUUUUAUACAUAUAAUUUGAAAAUUUCUAAAAGUCACUUUCUCAGCAGCAAUAAUUUAAGAGGCUUCAAACUAUUUCAUCCUUUCUUAUUUGGUGUUUUUUGCUGGGGGGAUUUUUGUGUACUUUUUUAUGAAAAGAUAUAUGCAUGA